AUGCGCAUCCCAAUUGCCGUGCAGCUCGGCCUGCUGGUCCUUGUGACCGCCCUAGUGGGCCUGGCCGUGCUGUCCAUCGCUACGUGGGUUAAUAAUUACAGUUUUGUGGUCGAUGUCCAAUCCGAAGGACUCGAGCUGGUCGCAAAAAUCAAAGCCAGCCAGAUCGCUUCCAAUCUCAAACUUCUCGAAUCGACGUGCAAUACCAUCGUCACUCGACUGCUGAUCCAGGGGGCUCUCGGUCGUUUUUACAAUGGGAACUCGAGUGAUUCGAACUGGACCUCGUCGGUUACGGAUGUGCAGUCGGCAUUGGGCAGCAGCAAUUAUCUGGACCUCUAUCAAGCCAUCAUUUUCUCUCGAAAUGGCCAAGGAAAUCGGCACGGAUUGCUCAAUGUCACCGCAAAAGAUAGUGCCGACAUCACACUUCCCUACACCUACUCGAACGGCUCCGCCGUCAUGCUAGGAGAUGAGGGGCUGGGUUAUCCACCCGCGCUCUACCCAAAUCUGACCUAUUCCGCAGCCUCCGACGGCAGCAACACACCCGAUGUGUACGCCUUUUCGGACUACAAGCUGGGACUUGGCACCGCUCUUCUUCUUGGACCGCUGCCGAUUAACAGCUCCUUUUCCCUCAUUUCAGUCACAGUGCCCAUCAUCAAUAAUACUUCGGCCUCUGACAUUCUUGGAUACAUGACGGUCGUCGCCAGUGCCGCCAAUCUGCAGGCCACGAUCAACUCCCGCGAUGGCAUGGGCAAUACUGCUCAGAUUCUCCUGCUCGGUCCAUCGCGGGCCGAAAACCGGUUCGCCCCGGACGCCUACCCGGCCACAGCGACCUCUGCCCCGGACGUGGAAGGACUGUCUCGCGCCGAAGUCCACUACCUGUAG